AACCUAAAAGACGCCACAGGCGACAAAGAGAUCCGAACACCGGUCUAGAAGUGUCUGAAGAAUAUGAUACCCAUGAAGAACAGGAUGAGGAAACACCAACGGGAGAUUUCAAAAUGGAUACACCAUCUGCUGCUACAAGAGAAUACAAUGAAAAUGAACAAAAUUCAGAUAUACCUGAACAUGAUGAAAAUCCUGAACAUAAUGAAUACUAUGAACAUGAACCAGAAACACCGACCAAUGGAGUAGCAGCUAAACCAAGUGAUAUUGAUGAACAAGAUGAAAUAAAUAGUCAACCUAAAAGACGCCACAGGCGACGAAGAGAUCCGAACACCGGUCUAGAAGUGUCUGAAGAAUAUGAUACCCAUGAAGAACAGGAUGAGGAAACACCAUUAGAAGAUAACAAAAUCGAUACACCAGAAUACGACGAAACUUCAGAAGAUCACCAUUUAUAUGAACAUGAACCAGAAAUACCGACCAAUGAAGUAACAGCUAAACCAAGUGAUAUUGGUGAACAAGAUGAAAAAAAUAAUCAACCUAAAAGACGCCACAGGCGACGAAGAAAUCCGAACACAGGUCUAGAAGUGUCUGAAGAAUAUGAUACCCAUGAAGAACAGGAUGAGGAAACACCAUUAGAAGACAACAAAAUCGAUACACCAGAAUACGACGAAACUUCAGAAGAUCACCAUUUAUAUGAACAUGAACCAGAAACACCGACCAAUGGAGUAGCAGCUAAACCAAGUGAUAUUGAUGAACAACAUGAAAUAAAUAGUCAACCUAGAAGAAGCCACAGGCGACGAAGAUAUCCGAACACCGGUCUAGAAGUGUCUGAAGAAUAUGAUACCCAUGAAGAACAGGAUGAGGAAACACCAUUAGAAGAUAACAAAAUCGAUACACCAGAAUACGACGAAACUUCAGAAGAUCACAAUUUAUAUGAACAUGAACCAGAAAUACCGACCAAUGGAGUAGCAGCUAAACCAAGUGAUAUUGGUGAACAAGAUGAAAGAAAUAAUCAACCUAAAAGACGCCACAGGCGACGAAGAAAUCCGAACACCGGUCUAGAAGUGUCUGAAGAAUAUGAUACCUAUGAAGAACAGGAUGAGGAAACACCAUUAGAAGAUAACAAAAUCGAUACACCAGAAUACGACGAAACUUCAGAGCACAAUGAAUUAAAUGAUGUAGACAAUAAUAAUCAACCUGAAGUAUCGGAAUAUCCUGAAUUAUCAGCCUUAUCAUCAAAAGAUUCAUCGACUCCAACAGAAGCUGAUGAAAAUGGAAAUAUUGUAAGACCAAAUCCACGUAAAAUUAGACAUCGUAGGAAAUCGAAAAAACCACAAUCCUUUAAUGGAAUUGAUAGGACACCAAUAGAAGUUAACAAUGAAGAUAUCAAUAAUAAUCCAGUUGAAGACCAGGAUGUUAAUAACCAUGAUAUUCCUUACAAUGAUGAUGAUGUACUCGAAGAAGACCCACACCAUGGAUAUGGAGAAAGAAUUGAUGAAAAUCAACCUGAAUUAUCGGAAUAUCCUGAAUUAUCAGCCUUAUCAUCAAAAGAUUCAUCGACUCCAACAGAAGCUGAUGAAAAUGGAAAUAUUGUAAGACCAAAUCCACGUAAAAUUAGACGGCGUAGGAAAUCGAAAAAACCACAAUCCUUUAAUGGAAUUGAUAGGACACCAAUAGUAGUUAACAAUGAAGAUAUCAAUAAUAAUCCAGUUGAUGGUCAGGAUGUUAAUAACAAUGAUAUUCCUUACAAUAAUGAUGAUGUACUCGAAGAAGACCCACACAAUGGAUAUGGAGAAAGAAUUGAUGAAAAUCAACCCGAAUUAUCAGAAUACCCUAAAAAUUCAGAUUUAUUAUCUGAAGAUUCCACAACUCCAACUGAUACCGAUGAUAAUGGAAGCGUUGUAAGACCAAAUCGACGUAAAAUUAGACGGCGUAGGAAAUCGAAAAAACCACAAUCCUUUAAUGAAAUUAAUAGGACACCAAUAGAAGUUAACAAUAAAGAUAUCAAUAAUAAUCCAGUUGAAGGUCAUGAUGUUAAUAACAAUGCUAUUCCUUACAAAAAUGAUGAUGUACUCGAAGAAGACCCACACAAUGGAUAUGGAGAAAGAAUUGAUGAAAAUCAACCCGACUUAUCAGAAUACCCUAAAAAUUCAGAUUUAUUAUCUGAAGAUUCCACAACUCCAACUGAUACCGAUGAUAAUGGAAGCGUUGUAAGACCAAAUCCACGUAAAAUUAGACGGCGUAGGAAAUCGAAAAAACCACAAUCCUUUAAUGGAAAUGAUAAGACACCAAUAGAAACUAACGAUGUUAGCACAAAAACAAAUCCUACAAAUAUAGACGCAGAAAAUAGUAGGGUUCCAAAUGAAGAAAAAUCAACUGAAACUCCUGAGAUAGAUCCAAAUAACAUUCAAAAGAACCCUAACAAAAAAAGACGCAUUAGACGCAUCAUUAGAACAUACGUGGUGAACAAAGCAACAAAUGAAAGAAUACCAAUUAUUGAUCAAACAUAUUCCACUACAGAUGGAUUUCCUGAUGAUAUAAAUAAUAAAUUAGAGUCACUGGAAUCUGAUGAUUCCAAUGUCAAUGAUUCUGAUGCGAAUACAGAUAAUGAUGAUUAUUCUUCAUUCUUGUUUAAAGAAUACAAUUCAGAUCAGUGUAAACGUGAUGCAUAUGAUAGAUUCAAAAAAGUUACAUCACAAGAUGCCAAGCAAAUUGCUUAUCGAAGUGUUUUAGAUACCAGUGAAAUGAGAAGUAAUAUGUUAGCAACACUAAAAAAUGCAAUAAGUAAUGUAAAAGCCUCCCGGACAUUCAAUGAUGUUGAUCAAAGUUUAAGGACAGUAAGUUACUCCCUAAAGGUUGGAUUGAAACAAACUGUUAGUGACUUAGUAAUUAAAGUGAUUCCGUUAGCUAAAGAUUUUCUAAAAACUGCAGAAAACCUCAAAGAAUUGUAUCAGAGAGGUCCGCAGUCCACUCACAAAAUGUUAACAAACAUUCUAGAAAAUGAGUCGACCGUUCCAGAAUCAGCAAAAGAUAUAUUAAGACUCAUUUCUCCACAGUUUGACGUCGAUGAAUUAAUAAAUAAUAUCUUUGAAAAACCAUGUACUGCGAAGUCGUUGAAAGAGAAAAAGAUCAAAGCUCAAAGAAAACUUAUUGACUUGUCAAAGAACAUGGACACGGCAAUAAGCAAUAUUGACUGCUUUGUGCUGUCCGCAAUGUCCACCGUAGGAAUUGGAGCAGACACAUUAAAACUGUUGAAAUCCGGUAAAGUAAUUAUGAGUGAUAAACAUCCCAGGGCAAAAAUAUUGAGAGAUGCGGUUGGAAUAAUUAAAGCAGGUAAAAAAAUCCGAAAUAACGACGAUAGUUUUACACCAACCUUGACACCUUCUGAUGGAACCACUAAAAGUGACGAAGAUGAUGAUGAUGAAGAUCCUGACGAAGUUGCUCAGAAAAAUGAAGAAUUUUUAAAAACUGUACCUGACCUAGACGAUAAUAUACCCAUACCAAAAAAAGUCCCAAACAAGCGACAGCCGUUAGGUGUUAUUGUUGUGCAUCCGGACAAACAGAUAGAGUACAAAGAAGUUACUGACACAUCGCAACUGAAAAAAUUCGUUGGAGACCAAACGAAAAAAUACAAAUUGCAAUCUAAAAAUAAGCAUCCUAAAUUUUUAAAAUUGAAUAGUAAACGAUUAAUCGACGCCAUGGUUGCGGAUGUGAAGAAAAAAGCUGAAAGAAAUGGAAUGACCAAAAAGAAAUGGUAGAUGAAAUAAUCAAAAAUUUGAGUAAUAGUUGAUUAUAUUAUUUACGAUUAUAAAUAUUAACUUAUGUUUUCUAUAUUAUUAUUGAUAAAAAUGUUGUUAUCACGCUAAAGAAAUGAUAAAACUUGUAUUUAAUAUGGUGAAUAUUUUUAACUCUUAAUUCAUAAUGAAAUCGUUAAAAAUAUGUAACUUUUGUAUGAAAAAUAAUUCAAUUUAUUAUAUAAUUGAUAUUUUAUUGAAUAAAAAUAUUGCGGCUUUUUAA